AAUUGAGAAAAUAAGCACCAAAACACCUUACUACAUAACAUACUUUCAAGUAAGUCAAAUAUUAUCUUAUUGAUUAAAAAAUAUAUCUAAAAGACUAUAGACUCUCGCUAGCAGACGAUCAGCUGGGCAGUGACGCAACACACGCCGCAAAGAUGGGUAAGGGUUUCGGAGAGCUGGCCUACGUGAGGGGGAUCAUCAAGUACUCCCUCUCCCCCUUUGAGCAGAGAGCUUUUGCCGGUGCCAUUACCAGCGGCGUGCCCAACAUGUUCAGGAGGUUCCGGUCACAGGUCCUCCGCAUUGCCCCUCCCUUCAUCAUAGCCUACAUGGUCUACUCAUCCGUGGAGGCAGCUCACGACAAGACCAUGAGGAAGAACCCGGCUGACUUCGAGAACGAUGAGUAAAGAUGAAGACCAGCCAUGUUUUGGUGACUUGUGUAAAGAAUAAGGUAAAAUUGUAUAGAGAAAUUAAUUUGUACAUAUUUCCAGCCUCAGUUUUCUCUUUUUUUGUAAUGUUUUUAUGGUAGCAAUAUUUAUGUCCAUCCAAUGAUGAAGGUUAAGAUAAUUUAUCGUGUACUUUAUCAUGUUGCUCCAUAAAUUAUUGUCGUACA